AUGGAUCUACCAAAUGUCAUCUUGUCCUACAGCUAUCUUCGCUUACUUCUCUUGCUUACAUUCGUUUACUGUGGUUCAAUUCAAGCGAGUGAGUCAAUUAGUGCAUUCAAGCGCAUAGAAAAAUCGGUAUCGUUUGACCACGAAAGAGUACGUCGAACUUUAAGGGAUCAAGAAUGCACCGGGAAUAAGAUGGAUUUUUCACUUAAGUACAAUCAAUGCUUCUACGACCACGCUUGUUUUGAGAUAUUUUCAGAUUGUUGUUGGGAUUACGUUUCGAAAUGUGGGCGACAGGAAUCGAAGGAAACUAAACAGUCUGCUUCGAUGUGGAAAUGUGUCGAAAUCUUUGGGGCGCCUCCGGCGCCGUACUGUUAUAUCGUGGGACCGACUGGAUUUUGGAUGAUUUCUAAAUGCCCUACAAACACCAGCUUUGACAAGCUGAGGGGAAAAUGUGAAAAUGCCCCAUCGGAAUUCUCGUACCCCGUAGAGGACUUUAUUCCGGUAGUGGGGGCGAAUUCCCUCGUGUACCGGAAUAAACACUGCGCUUUGUGUAAUGGGGUGGAAAAUUAUACCGCAUGGGAUAUUAGAGUUACUACAUACGUUGUACCCCCAAGAGUUUUGACUUGGAUUCUCGGUUGAAGUUAAUCUUGGCGAAUGGGGGAUAUAUUAAUAGUGUUUCACCUGGGAAGGGACAACCUCGAAGAUAUUGCUAUGGUAAAAAUUAUAUAGACAACUGUAGUUCAACAAACGAUACCUCUUACAAGGCUUGUGUUGAAGGCCCAGUUGAAGUCGUCACUAGUUCUAAGUUCGUCUUCUUUAAGAACACCGAAUGCGCGAUUUGUAAUGGGUAUCCUAACCUCAACGGCUGGAGGAUUUCGGCGCGGUGCAGCCCCAAAGUGUCAGAAGAGUUCUCGAUUGUUUUUAAGUCAAGAAACGCUGGUAGCCCAAAAACUACAGUAGUCUCCAAGUUAUGUCCCCGUGGAACAGUUUAUGAUACCACCCUAAAGUUCUGUCGCGAGGGGUAUAUUAUUUCUUCUAGCGGUCAACUAACCAACGAGUUUUUAAUAUUGUUUUGGUUAAAACGGAAUAGAAACAGCAGAGAAAUAAAUUCAAAGCUCGGCGAUGACCUAAAAUCAGCAUUAUCCUUCGCGAUAUCCUCUCAAUUUUCGCUUCUGCGCAAUCAAAUUUCGACAAUUACAUUCCACCAGCAAUACAGAGCGAAUGAUUACUUCGUUGCAACCUUUCGUUUAAUAUUGACGCCAUUCCAAAGCUUAAUAAUUGCAAACCAACACAACAGCGACUUUAAUAUCACCCGUGAAAACACUGCAUUCUUUGGACUUCUAAAUUUUACAACAAAUUUUACAGCAGUUUGGGAAGAAUACAGCUUCUCUGUUGUGAACGUGAUUUCAAAACAACUUUCGUGCUACGGUGAAAAGAAGUUUCAAUCACGUGAAUACAAAAUUGAUCGGGAAAACGGGAGUUUCGUUGUUAAUGAAAGGGGGGAAGGACUUUGCUCAGCGAUUAUACUUUGGUUGAAGAAAAUGGUGGAAAUAUUACAUUAUGUCGUAAACUGA